UCAGAAACCACCAAUUCGGCUUUUAUGCUGUGGACUCAAAUAGUUGAGAUGUAGGAAGUAUAUAUAAUGGGGUUGCUUCUCCUUGGCGGACACACUCAUCAUCGCAACGGCAUUUAAGCAUCAUACCCAACUAGUUUCAGCAACCCUCAAGGUCUUUAAUAUCUCUUUUGCUACAAUGCCAGGAAAACUGCCUACCCGCCGAAUUGGCCGUGACGGCCCUGAAGUGCCUGCUUUGGGCCUGGGAACCAUGGGUCUCUCCGCCUACUACGGCACGAUUGACGACGACGAGACUCGCUUCAAGUUCCUCGACCGCGCUUAUGAACUCGGAGCUACGUUCUGGGACACUGCAGAUGUGUAUGGAGACAGCGAAGAACUAAUCGGGAAAUGGUUUAAGAGGACAGGGAAGCGCGAUGAGAUCUUUCUUGUUACCAAGUUUGGCAACCGAGUCCCAAAGGAAGCACUGGCAAGCGGCAACGGGAUCGAGGCCAUGAAGGCCAGAACCAUCGACAGCACCCCCGAAUACUGUCUCGAAGCCUGCGAGCUGAGCUUGAAGAAGCUCGGCGUGGAUUACAUCGACCUCUACUACGCCCACAGAAUCGACGGCGUAACACCCAUCGAAAAGACCAUGGAGGCAUUAGUCAAGCUAAAAGAAGCCGGGAAAAUCAAGCACAUCGGCCUCUCCGAACCCUCCGCCGCCACCAUCCGCCGCGCCCACGCCAUCCACCCCCUCGCCUGCGUCCAGAUGGAAUACUCCCCCUUCAGCAUGGACAUCGAGUCCCCCACCACCAACAUCCUGCGUACCUGCCGCGAGCUGGGGAUCUCCAUCGUAGCCUACUCGCCCAUGGGCCGGGGUUUCUUCACCGGCGCCUACCGCUCCCCCGACGACUUCGAGAUCAGCGACGUGCGGCGCGCGCUCCCUCGGUUUGCGCCGGAGAACUUUGCCAGGAAUCUCGAGAUGGUGGAUAAUCUAAAGCGAGUGGCGGAGAGGGAAGGGGUGACGGUGGGACAGCUGACGCUGGCGUGGUUGUUGGCGCAGGGGGAGGAUAUAUUGCCGAUUCCUGGGACAAGGAGGAUUGGGAAUUUAGAGGAGAAUUUGGGGGCGCUGGAGGUCAGAUUGAGUGAGGAGACUGUGAGGGAGGUUAGGGGGAUUGUGGAGGGGGCGGUGGUGGUGGGGGAGAGGUAUCCGUCGACGGGGUUGAAGUCGAUGUUUAUUGAUACGCCGGAGCUGUGA